AUGGCAAUGGCAAUGGCGCUUCGUAAGCUUUCAUCUUCCGUCAACAAAUCUUCACGUCCUCUCUUUUCCGCAUCAUCCGUUUACUACAAGUCUUCUUUGCCUGAUGAAGCUGUUUACGACAAAGAGAAUCCACGCGUUACGUGGCCAAAGCAAUUGAAUUCUCCACUUGAGGUUAUUGAUCCUGAAAUUGCUGAUAUAAUUGAGCAUGAAAAAGCUAGACAGUGGAAGGGGCUGGAACUGAUACCAUCAGAAAAUUUCACUUCUUUAUCUGUUAUGCAAGCUGUUGGGUCUAUCAUGACAAACAAAUACAGUGAAGGGUAUCCUGGGGCAAGAUAUUAUGGUGGAAAUGAGUAUAUUGAUAUGGCGGAAACACUAUGCCAGAAGCGUGCCUUGGAAGCAUUUCGGUUGGAUCCUGCUAAAUGGGGAGUGAAUGUGCAGCCUCUGUCUGGUUCGCCUUCAAAUUUUCAAGUUUACACUGCAUUGUUGAAACCUCAUGAUAGAAUCAUGGCACUUGAUCUCCCUCAUGGAGGGCAUCUUUCUCAUGGAUACCAGACCGACACCAAAAAGAUAUCUGCAGUCUCUAUAUUUUUUGAGACAAUGCCAUAUAGGUUGGAUGAAAGCACAGGAUACAUCGACUAUGAUCAGCUAGAGAAAUCGGCUACACUCUUCAGGCCAAAAUUAAUAGUUGCUGGUGCUAGUGCCUAUGCACGUCUAUAUGAUUAUGCACGCAUACGCAAGGUGUGCGAUAAACAGAAAGCUGUGCUGUUAGCAGAUAUGGCACAUAUCAGUGGAUUGGUUGCAGCUGGUGUUAUCCCUUCACCUUUUGACUAUGCAGAUGUAGUGACAACCACAACUCACAAGUCACUCCGUGGCCCACGUGGUGCUAUGAUAUUUUUCAGGAAGGGAUUAAAAGAAGUCAACAAAAAAGGACAAGAGGUGUUCUAUGACUUUGAGGACAAAAUCAAUCAAGCUGUCUUCCCCGGACUGCAAGGUGGUCCUCACAACCAUACCAUUACCGGUUUAGCUGUUGCACUGAAACAGGCUACAACUCCAGAGUAUAGAGCAUAUCAAGAGCAGGUUCUCAGCAAUAGCUCAAAAUUUGCACAGACUCUGACUGAGAAAGGCUAUGAACUUGUUUCCGGUGGGACUGAGAAUCAUCUAGUUUUGGUGAAUCUGAAGAAAAAGGGUAUUGAUGGAUCCAGAGUUGAGAAAGUGUUGGAGUUAGUACAUAUUGCUGCUAAUAAAAACACAGUUCCAGGAGAUGUGUCUGCUAUGGUUCCUGGUGGCAUCAGGAUGGGAACUCCUGCUCUUACUUCAAGGGGAUUUGUUGAGGAGGAUUUCGUUAAGGUAGCAGAGUAUUUUGACGCAGCUGUGAAUUUGGCUUUGAAGGUUAAGGAAGAGAGCAAAGGAACAAAAUUAAAGGACUUCGUGGAAGUAUUGCAGACGUCCUCUUACGUGCAAUCAGAGAUUUCCAAGCUUAAGCAUGAUGUUGAGGAGUUUGCAAAACAAUUUCCAACCAUUGGUUUUGAAAAAGCAACCAUGAAGUACAACAAAUAA